AGAAGAAUAAAAUACAGGCGACGAAGAAGAAUUAAACACAAAUGUGUUUCAAAUGGAGAAAGAGGAGAACUCAUUAACUAGAUGUCGCCUGUUGGAUCUACCUUGGGAGGACGUGCUGGUCGCCCAUAUUCUCUCCUGCUUGCCUUUAAAGCAGCUAGUCAGCCUGCAAAGAGUGAGCAAGCACUUCCGCGCACUCAUCCAGAUCCAUUUCACCAAAUGCAAGAGUUUCAAUCCAGUAGAGGAGUCCAUUCCCAAGGAAGCCUUUAUCUUCAUGAUGAAGGACAACAAAGUUCUGCAGAAGCUGUGCCUCCAGAGCUGCUCCUACUGGCUGACAGACCACGACCUGCUCCCGAUUCUCAGCCAGAACCAGCGUCUUCUCAGCGUGGACAUGGCCGGGUGUGUGGGUCUGACUCGCCACUCCCUGGUGGCGUUGUCUUUGACCUGCAGCGCACACCUGCGCCACCUCUUCCUGGCGAACUGCAGCUUCGUGGACGGCGUGUCCCUGCGCAGCUUGGCCGACCACUGUGGAGAGCUGCGCUCCGUCAACCUCGCCGGGUGCCGCCAGCUGAAAGACGACGCCAUCUGCUACCUGGCCAAGAAGUGUGCAAAGUUAACCUUUCUUUCUUUGGCGCUCAAUGGAAAUAUCACAGACGAGUCUGUGGAGGAGGUGGCCAAGAACUGCAGGAACAUCGAGCAUCUGGACUUGAAUUGUUGCCUGCCUGUCAGUAACCAGUCCAUCAGGACCCUUGGAGAAUAUUGCCCCAGGCUACAGUCUUUGAAGGUGAAACACUGCCACCAGGUGACGGAAUCCAGCCUGGAGCCUCUACGCAAGCGCAACGUGCUCAUCGAUGUCCAACCGCUUCCGGAGAGGGCACGGCUGUCGCACGUACUGCAAUUCACUCCUUUUGUCAAUUUACAGGUAUAAAGACAUGUAUGGACUUCUAAUUGUUAAAAAAAUGACGUUUUAGAAGUGUUGAUCACAAGCAAAAAAUGUUUUAGGAAAGGACUGCAACUAACCAUUAUUUUGAUAGUCUAUUGGUCAACGAUUAGUACAAAUAUUUAAUUACUUUAAUUUUCCAUCGACUUUAAAAUAGAGCUGAAGUUAUUUGAGGUAUGUGCUUAUGAACAACAAAGACGACUAAUUCAUAAAUAUUUAUUUUACUGCAACUGUGCUGCUGCUGAUUCAGGUGUUCCAAAAUUACAAUGUUGUGUAUUUAAAAGAAAGGAAAGGCAAGUGUUAAAAAACAAAACAAAUUAACUUUGUUUUUGUUUUGUGUAUUUAAAAGAAAGGAAAGGCAAGUGUUAAAAAACAAAAACAAAUUAACUUUGUUUUUGUAUUAAAAAAACAGUUAAACAUAGCAGCAAAGAAAACAAACAACAAAACACAAAAUCAAACUUCCUCUAAAAGAAAAGCUUUUAGUGAUGUUUAAAAAGCUGGACACUAGUAUAUUGACUAUUGAUGAACUUUUGGUAGUUUUAGCAUUCUACUAGACUCAAUGUGAAGAAUUCUAUAUUUGAUUACCGUAUUUUCCGCACUAUAAGGCGCACCUUCAACGAAUGGACUAUUUUAAAACUUUUUUCAUAUAUAAGGCGCACCGUAUUAUAAGGCGCAUAGAAUAGAUGCUACAGUUGAGGCUGGGGUUACGUUAUGCAUCCUUUAGAUGGAGCUGCGCUAAAGGGAAUGUCAACAAAACAGUCAGAUAGGUGAAUAUAGAGCUGUUUUAUUAUUUUCCCCGAUUCAAUAAACAGGUAAAAAACAGUCUGAUACUGUUAUGGUAAAUCAAACGUUAGUGCAAUCACAAUAUAGUAACACUCGAAAUAGUCAAUAACUCAACGUUGCUCAAACGAUAAUGUCACACAACACACAAAAUAAACAUGUAAAGCUCACUUUAUUAAGUUAUUCCUCAUCCACGAAUCCCUCAAAUUCUUUUUUUUCAGUGUUCGAAUCAAACGGUUGGGCGAAUACGGCAUCCAACAUGCCCGGCUCCGUCUUGUCGAAGUCGUCAUCAAAAGAGUCAGUGUCGCUGCUGUUAUUGUUAAAUUCUCUCGCUGCUGCUCUAUUCCCGUGUUCUACUUUGUGACUGAUCGCCUUGACUUUAAACUCUGCGUCGUAAGCGUGUCUCUUAAUAGGAGCCAUUUUGGGGUCUUUACAUAAACACACAGAAACGGCACGCCUCCCGCAGUCAUAUAUCCCAGCAUGCACCCCGCGCUUCUUCUACGGGGGAAAAUAAGGUGGGCGGCUGCUUACCGUAGAAGAAGAAGCGCACUUGGGAUGGUUUCCUGCAGGCUCCGCUGUGAACGGGACUCUCGCUGCUGUGUUGGAUCCGCUUUGGACUGGACUCUCGCGGCUGUGUUGGAUCCAUUAUAGAUUGAACUUUCACAGUAUCAUGUUAGACCCGCUCGACAUCCAUUGCUUUCUCCUCUCCAAGGUUCUCAUAGUCAUUAUUGUCACCGACGUCCCACUGGGUGUGAGUUUUCCUUGCCCUUAUGUGGGCCUACCGAGGAUGUCGUAGUGGUUUGUGCAGCCCUUUGAGACACUAGUGAUUUAGGGCUAUAUAAGUAAACAUUGAUUGAUUGAUUGACUUCUUCUUCUACGCGCACUUCUUCUAAGGGGGAAAAUGAAGUUGGCGGCUGCUUACCGUAGUUGCGAGACCUCCAUCCAUCCAUCCAUCUAUCCAUUUGUACUCAAUAUUGGUCCAUAUAUAAGGCGCACCAGAUUAUAAGGCGCACUGUCAGCUUUGAGAGAAUUUGAGGUUUUUAGGUGCGCCUCAUAGUGCGAAAAAUACGGUAAUUAUUAAAAAUGUUGGCUAUUUAAUAGAUUGUGUGAUUAAUCUUAUGAUAUUGGUGCCUGUCGGUGUUUGUGUGCCUUUUUACGACAUUGCAAAUCGACGCUGCUUUAAAGAAGUACUUUAAUUGAUGGAGACAAAUUUUAGCCGGCUGAAUUUGGCUAAAAUUAUUCUUAAAGUUCUUUUUGACACUACUUAGUUUCCCACCUGUUAGCUGGCUCGCAAGGCACAAGACCAACUAACACUCUUAUUGUGGCUGAGACUGCAUCUUCCCUCCAGGUGUCCGACAUCAUGCCUCUGCAUUAUUUGUACUGCCAUAAAAACAAAGUUCACUUUGCAAAA